GAAUUUAUGAUAGCAAAGCAUGGUUUGCUUAAAAACAAGCCUUGACUUUCACGGGAAGGCUUGAAAGAUUUUUCACUUGACUUGUCUCAUUCUUUAUCUGCUUUAAUUGCUGUACAAAGUUGGUUGUCAUCAUUUUUUUCAUAAGGUCAAGUGAAGUUUGUACUUUGGUUGAUUGUAUGCUCUUGGUUUCAUGGAUUUGUCAAGCACUUUCCAUGUGUUCUUUAUGUUUCUUAUGUUUCUUAUGUUGUACAAUGUUGCUUUUGCUAAGGAAUGUACAAAUAUUCCUACUGAGUUAUCAUCACAUAGUCUUAGGUAUCAGCUCCAAGUGUCCACUAACCAGACAUGGAAAGAUGAAAUGUUUUCGCAUUACCAUUUGACUCCCACCGACACUUCGGCUUGGGCUAGUUUGCUUCCCAGGAAGAUUUUCAAGGAGGAACAUAGAGAUAGUUGGAUGAUGUUGUAUAGGAAUAUCAAGAAUCCGGGUAAUUCCAAAGUGGCUGGGGAAUUUCUCAAGGAGGUUCCUUUGGAUAAUGUCAGGCUCGAUCCCAGUUCGAUACAUGGGCAGGCUCAACAGACUAAUUUGGAAUAUUUGUUGUUGUUGGAUGUGGAUAGUCUUGUUUGGAGCUUCAGGAAGAAUGCGGGAUUGCCAACUCCAGGUGAUGCUUAUGGAGGUUGGGAGGCCCCGAAUGUCGAGCUUCGAGGACAUUUCGUAGGACAUUACUUAAGUGCCACAGCACAAAUGUGGAGUGCCACUCACAAUGACACUUUGAAAGAGAAAAUGUCUGCAGUCAUUUCUGCUCUUUCUGACUGCCAAGAAAAAAUGGGAACUGGGUACCUUUCUGCAUUCCCUUCAGAGCAAUUUGACCGUUUUGAAGCUGUAAAACCUGUGUGGGCACCGUAUUACACCAUUCAUAAGAUAAUGGCAGGACUUUUGGAUCAGUAUUUAUUUGGUAAGAGUGCUCAAGCUUUGAAAAUGGUGACAUGGAUGGCUCAAUAUUUCUACGACCGUGUGCAAAAUGUGAUAUUAAAGUACACCAUUGAACAACACUAUCGAUCGCUGAACGAAGAAACAGGAGGCAUGAAUGAUGUUCUUUACAACUUGUACAGCGUAACUGGGGAUCCAAAACAUUUGCUGUUGGCUCAUCUUUUUGACAAACCCUGCUUUUUAGGACUCCUUGCAGUACAGGCUGAUGACAUAUCUGGUUUCCAUGCAAAUACACAUAUUCCAAUUGUUAUUGGUUCUCAAAGGAGAUAUGAAGUUACUGGUGAUCCACUUUAUAAGGAAAUAGGCAAAUUUUUCAUGGAUGUUGUAAAUACUUCACACAGCUAUGCAACUGGAGGGACAUCAGUAUCCGAGUUCUGGAGUGAACCAAAGCGUUUAGCAAGCACUCUGCAGACAGAAAAUGAGGAGUCUUGUACAACGUAUAACAUGCUUAAGGUCUCUCGCCACCUUUUCAAAUGGACCAAAGACAUGUCAUAUGCAGAUUAUUACGAGCGCGCACUCACUAAUGGUGUUUUGAGCAUCCAAAGAGGAAGGGAACCUGGAGUGAUGAUCUACAUGCUACCACUUGGACAUGGACAAUCAAAGGCCAGAAGCUAUCAUGGAUGGGGCACAAAGUUUGAUAGCUUCUGGUGUUGCUAUGGGACAGGAAUUGAGUCAUUUUCAAAGUUAGGAGAUUCAAUCUACUUCGAAGAGGAGGGAGAUGUUCCAGGGAUAUAUAUCAUCCAAUAUAUAUCAAGCUCGCUAGAUUGGAACUCUGGAAAGAUCUCUCUUGCUCAAAAAGUAGAGCCUGUUAAUUCAUGGGAUAAUCGCCUCCAUGUAAAGCUAUCAAUAUUGUCAAAGGAGGGUUCAGGUCGAAAAUCAACUUUAAAAUUAAGAAUACCACCAUGGACAUAUUCAAACGGUGCCAAGGCAGCACUGAAUGGCCAGGAACUGUCAUUGCCAGAUCCAGGUAACUUCCUACAGAUAUCCCGACAGUGGAACAUUAAUGAUGAAAUUGCUAUAGAGCUACCCAUUAGUAUCAGAACAGAAGCAAUUAAAGAUGAUAGGGCUGCUUAUGCUUCAGAUAGUGCCAUUUUGUAUGGUCCCUAUCUUCUUGUUGGUCUGAGCAGUGGCGAUAGGGAAAUCAAAACAGAAAAUUCUGUGUCGGACUGGAUUAGUCCUAUUCCAGCUGAAUACAACUCUCAUUUGAUUACACUGUCGCACGAAUCCACCAACACAGUCAUUGCUAAAUCAGACAAAUCAUUAAGAAUGGAGACAACACCUGAAUCCGGCUCAAAUCAUUCUAUCCAUGCCACAUUUAGAAUCAUCCCGAAAGAGUUAACUUCCUCAAAAACUUCAAGUAUAAAAGAUUUUAUUGGGAAAUUGGUCAUGUUAGAACCGUUUGAUCUUCCUGGGACAGUUGUAGCGCAUGGCAAAGAUGGAAGCCUCGGGAUAGAAGAUUUCUCCAGUAGUAGUGCCUCAGUUUUCCAUUUAGUAACUGGACUUGACGGGAGAAAAAAUUCAGUUUCCUUGGAGUCUGGCAGUCUGCGAGGCUGUUAUGUGUAUAGCGAUCCUGAACUGCUUGCUGAUGUGAAGCUUGAGUGUAUUUCUCGGUCUCGGGAUAGUUCAUACAAUGAGGGAGCCAGUUUCACAAUAAGUGAUGGAAUAAGCAAGUAUGAUCCCAUCAGCUUUGUUGCAAAAGGAAGGUCAAGAAACUUUGUUUUGCAACCAUUACAUUCCAUUAGAGAUGAGAACUAUGUUGUUUAUUUUGACAUUCAGUCUUAGAACUAUUGACUAGAUGGGAAUGAAGAGAGCUUCAACUGAUUCACAUUUUCAGCAUACGCUAAAUUCGUAGGCAAAGGCAAUUAUCCUUAAAUGUCCAUGCAUUGUUUGUGUUAAAAAAUUAAUAUAUUGUGAUAUUUCUGUUCUAUAAUUCACCAGAGAUUCAGAGCCUAA